AUGUUUUUUUUGCGCAAAACAAAAGAAUAAAACUUAUACUCACAAAAAUGAAAAAAUUUUUGUACUAUCAACUGUCAUAUUGUUGCUUUAUUUGGUACUUUGAAAUUAUUGGAAAUAUUCAAUGUAUUCAUUUUUCUUCAUCAUCAAGCCAACAACUUCAAAAUUCUUACAGAAUCUAUUCAAAAUCUUCAUCUGGUUGGAGAACCUAUCCUUAUAAAGAUGACGGUAGUUCUGAUGAUACAGUAACUUAUAAGAAUCAAAAAUAUCCCGUAGGAAAAGGACUUUCAUCACCUCAAGAAUGUGCUCGACCUUGUACCACUAACACCAAACCUAGAAUUUGUUAUUAUCAUUGGACUUUUGAAUAUUAUCGUACAUUAGGAGAAGCGUGUCAUUUUUGUCAACCAUCCACAAAUGCAUCAAUUGUUAAUAAUUGUCAAUGCAUUUUAGCAGACGGAGUUGAAGUAUCAGGCAUUAUAGUCGCUAAUAGAAUGUAUCCAGGGCCAUCAAUUCAAGUUUGUUUAGGAGAUAUUGUAGUUGUCGAUGUGGAGAAUUUAGUUGCAGGAAAUGAGCUGUCGAUUCAUUGGCAUGGAAUUUAUCAGCAAGAUUGGCAGUAUUUUGAUGGAGUACCUUUUGUAACACAAUGUCCAAUAGCAGAAGGUACAACAUUUAGAUAUCAAUGGAGAGCACAAAACCCUGGUUCACAUUUUUGGCAUGCACAUACCGGUCUUCACAAAGCAGAAGGAGUUGACGGAGCAAUCGUGAUUCGUCAACCUCAUCAAGAUGAACCUAAUCAUGAUUUGUAUGAUUCUGAUGAUUUCGAUAACAUCAUAUUUAUUAGCGAUUGGAUGCACGAAAGUGUUGCCAGUCACUUUCCAGGUACAACAACUCGAAAUGUUGGCCAAGAUCCUGAUAAUUUUCUGAUCAAUGGUAGAGGACAAUGGAUGAAUUCUACUGAUAAAUCACGUACAACAACACCAUUAGCAACCUUCAAUGUCAGAAAAAAUAUGAGAUAUAGACUUCGCAUAAUAAAUUCUUGUGCUUUCGGUUGUCCUGUUCAAUUAACAAUCCAGAAUCACUAUUUAACAAUAAUUGCACUUGAUGGUGAAGACGUGAAACCUCAACGUGUAAAAACAAUUACUACUUAUUCGGCAGAACGUGUUGAUGCUAUUCUUGAAGCUAAUCAGCCUGCGGAAACUUAUUGGAUACAAAUAAGAGGUUUGAGUCAGUGUGCUGAAAAAAAACUUCAACAACAUGGCAUUUUGCGUUACGUUGGCUCUCAUUAUCUUUUACCGAAGACUCCUAGACCAGCUUAUAAUCCUGGACUUCCUCGAGGAUUGAUAUUUAAUGAUAUCCAUGAAAUUUGUAAUGGCACUAGAAAAAAUGUCAUUUGCGUCCAAAAUUUACAAAGUUUUUAUCCAGUUCAUAAAAAAAUACUACAGAGUUCUCCUGAUUUUCAAGUCUUUUUACCAUUUUUCUUUCAUGAAUAUACAAGCAGAGAGCUCUUCCGAACUCAACCGUAUCAACGAUUCGUGGUCCCUGAUGGAUCCUCUCUCUUAUCAGCAACUCUUAAUGGAAUCUCCAACGUUUUUCCAUCUUCUCCACUUGUUAGCCAGUUAAAGGAUAUUCCUCAAGACCAAAUUUGUAAUUCAAAUCGACUACCAGCUUAUUGUAAAAAUUCCUCAGUUUGUCGAUGUACACAUGUGAUUCAUGUGCCUUUGAAUGCAGUCGUUGAUAUAUUAAUGAUUGAUGGAGCUCCAAACGGAAUUUCUCAUCCAUUUCAUCUUCAUGGGUAUGGUUUUCACGUGUUAGCUCAAGGAUUGUUAUCAGGAGUAAAUAUUACAGCAGCUAACAAGAAAUGGGCUCUAGAACUCCAUCGACGAAAAUAUCCAUCGACUAAUAAACAACCACCGACAAAAGAUACUUUAGCAGUAGCAUCUGGUGGCUAUACAAUUGUGCGAUUUAUUGCUGAUAAUCCUGGAUGGUGGUUGUAUCAUUGUCAUUUCCUUCCUCACUUGUAUAAUGGAAUGAGUUUAGUUUUUCAAGUUGGUGAAUCAAAAGAUCUUCCUCCUGUACCACCAGGUUUUCCAACAUGUGGAAAUUUCUUACCUGAAAUUUAUAGGACUAAUCCAACUUCAGUACAAGAUAACAUGAUGAAUAAUGAUUGGGCUCGAAGAAGAAAUGUGAAGAGAAAGAGUAAUCCUAUUGAAAAAAUAAGCAACAUAAUUUUGCAAGUAUGAAAUGAUACUAAUUGUUAAAAUAUCAGUGAUGUAUUAUAAAAAUAUGUAAAAAUAAAUUUUUCAAGAUUA